AUGAGCUCGAGUGAGGGCAUGGACCUGAAAUUCCAGUCUGGAGAGAAAGUGCUGUGCUUCGAGCCUGACCCCACCAAGGCUCGGGUGCUUUACGAUGCCAAGAUUAUCGAUGCUAUGGUUGGCAAAGAUGAAGACGGCAGAAGCAUCCCAGAAUAUCUGAUCCAUUUUAAUGGCUGGAACCGAAGCUGGGAUAGGUGGGCAGCUGAAGAUCACGUGCUCCGAGAUACCGAGGAGAACCGGAGAUUACAGCGGAAAUUGGCCAGAAAAGCUCAAGGUCGCCUGAGGAAAGGCAGAAAGACGAAACGCUGCAGGCCUCCCGGUGCGGACUCUGUGGUAGAAAGUCCGCCGGUGGACGAGCGAGAGGACACCGCCGGACACUCGGAAAGCAGCGGUGAGGACGCCAGCGGCGAGGAGACGGAGGCGGAGCUAAAUGAAGGCAGCGCCGCUGAAGAAAGGGCUGCCGGGAAGGAAGCCGCGCCGCCACCGCCGCCGCAGCCCCGGAAGAGGGCCAUGGAAGACCGGGCGAUCACUAUAGACAUUCCCCAAGUGCUGCGGAAGAAGCUGGAGGAUGAUUGCUACUACAUUAACCGGAGGAAGCGCCUCGUGAAACUCCCGAGCCAGACCAACGUCGUCACCCUCUUGGAAUCCUACGUGAAGCAUUUCGCUGUCCACACCGCCUUUCCAGCCAACGCGAGACCUCGCCACCACCACGUCCUGCCACACGCCCACCCCAGUGCCCCUCGUGUCCCCGCCGAGAAGAAUGUGGACCUGUGCAAGGAAAUGGCGGACGGGUUACGGAUCACUUUUGAUUACACACUUCCGUUGCUUUUGCUCUACCCGGGCGAGCAAGCACAGUAUAAGAAGGUGACGUCGGCCCGCUUCUUCCCUCCAGUUCAGGAACGCGCCACGCUCGCCCCCCGGGACGCGGAGGAGCCGCCCGCCCCGCCGUCCGUCGACAGCCAGCCUGCCUCGGGGGCGCCCGCCACCCCCAAACGGCGCAAAGCCGAGCCCCAGGGUUCGCAGUCUCGGCGGCGCUCCGCGCGCCACGGCUCCAACUGUGAGCGGCGCGCUCCCGCGUCUCCGCCGCGGCCCCUGGACGCAGCCGCCAUCACGCCGAAGCGGUUCCCGCCCCCGGGCAAGGCGACGCCUGCGCACAGCGGGUCCUCUUCCCCCGGGUCCGGCCCCCCGAGCCAGGAGGCCGGUGCGACGUUUGCUGGCUUCGAGGGAAGAUGGGGUCGUGAAAUAAAUGAGGGCCUCUCUUGGAAGCUCGUCCCGGACCAUUUCCCCGCCGGAGACCAGCCGCCGCCGCCUUCCUACAUUUAUGGCUCACAGCAUUUGCUGCGCUUGUUCGUCAAACUGCCAGAAAUCCUUGGGAACAUGUCCUUUUCCGAGAAGAAUUUGAAGGCGUUACUGAAGCACUUCGAUCUCUUUCUGAGGUUUCUGGCGGACUAUCACAACGACUUCUUCCCCGAGUCGGCCUACUUGGCUGUCUGCGAGGCCCCCCACAGCGCCCAGAGCCCCGGCGCCGCCCGGUGCUGAAGCAGAGGCGGCGGCCA